AUGUUGACAGGAUGGCGACUCGUUUUGUCAAAAUUGUUCAUAAUACCGCAGCGGUAUGUGUUGGCGAUCAUGGCUUUGCUGGCUGUGGCCAAUGCAUACACCAUGCGGGUGUGCCUGAACCUCGCCAUUACUCAAAUGGUCAGGAAAUCAUCUUCGGGCGAAGGUGGCCACUACGACCCUAAUGCUUGUCCGGACCUCAGAGUGACCGAACCGGCUUCCAACUCCAGCACUUUUGGAUACAGAGACGAUGGGCCUGUAUUAUUCGACUGGAGUGAAGCGACCCAAGGGUUGAUCCUAGGUUCUUUCUACUACGGAUAUAUAUUGACUCACAUCCCUGGAGGCAUGCUUGCGGAGAAGUUCGGAGGGAAGUGGGUACUGGGUCUUGGCCUGCUGUCAACAGCUAUCUGCACCAUCAUCACUCCGAUCACGGUGAAGAUGGGAGGAGCCCCAGCUCUGUUUGUCUUGAGAGUCAUUGAAGGUUUUGGAGAGGGUCCAACAAUGCCUGGGAUGAUGGCAAUGCUGUCUCGUUGGGCGCCAAAGGCUGAAAGAGCCAGAUUUGGUGCCAUAGUGUUCGGUGGCGCCCAGAUCGGGAACAUAGCUGGUUCUUACUUCUCCGGUCUGAUCAUGCACAAUGGAAGUUGGGAGGAUGUAUUCUACAUGUUCGGUGGUUUAGGACUUCUUUGGUUUGCCUUAUGGACUGUUCUAUGCUACAGUACGCCAAAUACUCACCCUUAUAUUUCGGAUAGUGAAAAGAAAUUCUUAAAUGAAAAUGUGGACUCUCUUAAGAGUCUUAACGAGAAUAAGUUGGAGCCUAUACCAUGGAAAGCAUUACUUCGAUCCGUGCCUCUUUGGGCCCUGAUUAUUGCUGGUAUUGGUCACGAUUGGGGAUACUUCACAAUGGUCACAGAUCUCCCUAAAUACAUGACAGACGUCCUCAAAUUCAAUAUCAAGUCUACUGGUAUUCUUUCUGCUCUUCCAUACGUGGCUAUGUGGGUAUCCUCCUUCUUCUUUGGGCUCGUCUGCGAUUUUUGCGUUAAAAGAAACAUCCACUCUAUUACGAAUGCAAGAAAAAUUUACACAACAAUUGCCGCCACCGGUCCCGGUAUUUGUAUCAUCUUGGCAUCAUACUCUGGUUGCGACACCACCCUCGCGGUUUUCUGGUUCGUUUUCGCCAUGACCCUCAUGGGUGCCUACUACAGUGGGAUGAAGAUCAAUCCAUUGGACAUCAGCCCAAAUUAUGCCGGCACCACAACUGCUAUGGUGAACGGCAUCGCUGCCAUCUCCGGCAUCUUAACGCCGUACUUGAUCGGCAUGGUAACCCCAGAUUCAACAUUGAAGCAGUGGAGGAUAGCGUUCUGGGUGUGCCUGGGGGUUCUGGUAGUGACUAACAUAGUCUACGUAAUAUUCGCCAAAGGAGAGCAACUUUGGUGGGACGACGUUAAGAAACACGGCUACCCUGAUAGUUGGAGACAUGGACCACUACCUUCGAGAUCGCCCGACGAAGAAGAUCAAAAAGAAGAAACAAAAGAGAAGAAGUGA